AUGGCGCCAACCCCUGCCGCACCUAACGUCCUAUCAGCAAAAGUACCCACCCCGGUCCAAGCAGACCCACUCGAGCAGCGUAUCCUGGACCUUCUCUUUCCCUACCGCGACGAAUGCUUCGGCGAUGAAGACUCCACUACUGAACUCAAAGAGCGCGCUGCGCUGAUUCUCUGCGAAAACAUCGCCUUCCUCAUCCGCCACCACCAGACGACCUAUGGCAAAUAUAUCGAGGCCAGCGACGUCAAUCUAGCGUCGCGCAACUGGACGAUCAUGAAGCAGGGAGCCGGCAGGAUGGCGGGAGUUAGCAUCUUCGUCAACGGUGGUACGGGUUUCACGCACACGGUCAUUAGGGCGAACGUCAAGUUUGGCGAGAGCGUGGUGCAGUGUUUUGAAGCGCAAGUCAAUAUGUGCUUGGAGGAGUUCUUCCCCGGCAUUUGA